AGCGCAACAAUUGAAAGGCUGGAAAAAAAACACCGCCGCCAUCUAAAUUUGAAUCGGACCAAUAGGAGCUAAUGUAACAGCAAACCGCCAACAGAGAGAAGGAGCGUCGGACUCCAUAACGAAAAGUGUGAAUUCAUCCCCGUUGUUUCGUGAAAGGAUUGGGAAGGAUUUUGUGAUACUUUCCCGUUUGAUCAGUGAUUUAUUUCUACUGUGAAAAUGCCGUUGGAAAAUUUAGAAGAAGAAGGACUGGAAAAGAAUCCAAAUUUGGAAUUAGCGCAAACUAAAUUCCUCCUUGGACUACCCGAACACAAAGAUGAAAUUAGCCUGAAAACAAAACUACUCGAUGCUAUCAAGGCGGAAAAUAUGGCACCGUUUUAUAAAGAGGUUUGCCAGGAUUUGAACUGGCCAGUAGACGAGGCGCUUCUCACAAAGAUGCAAACUCGCAACGCAGAGCAAUUGAAAGAACUAGAUGCAGCGAUAGAGGAUGCGGAGCAAAACCUGGGGGAGAUGGAAGUCAGAGAAGCUAAUUUGAAGAAGUCUGAACACCUGUGUAGGAUUGGAGACAAAGAGGGAGCAGUUUCUGCCUUUAGAAAAACCUACGAUAAAACUGUAUCCCUCGGGCAUAGACUCGACAUAGUUUUUCACAAUAUUAGAAUUGGCCUUUUCUACAUGGACCACGAUCUUGUCACAAGAAACAUCGAAAAGGCUAAAAGUCUAAUUGAAGAAGGUGGUGACUGGGAUAGGAGAAAUCGGCUGAAAGUAUACCAAGGAACAUACUGCAUCGCGGUACGUGACUUCAAAGAAGCUGCAGUAUUCUUCUUAGAUACUAUCAGCACUUUUACGAGCUAUGAGCUUAUGGACUACAACACUUUUGUAAGGUAUACCGUUUACUUGAGUAUGAUAAGUUUACCACGAAACCAACUGCGAGAUAAAAUCAUCAAGGGUUCUGAGAUUCUCGAGGUCCUUCACACUAAUCCUGAUACCAAGGAUUACCUAUUUUCAUUAUACAACUGUCACUACGCUGAUUUUUUCAAAAAUUUGGCCCAAGUGGAAGGAUUGUUGCGCAGAGAUUACCUCGUUUUUCCGCACUAUCGUUAUUAUGUAAGAGAAAUGCGUAUAUUAGCGUAUACGCAAUUGCUGGAGUCUUACAGAUCUCUAACUCUGCAGUACAUGGCUGAAGCGUUUGGCGUAACGAUUGAAUACGUCGAUCAAGAACUUUCCCGCUUCAUAGCAGCUGGGAGACUUCACUGUAAAGUAGAUCGUGUUGGCGGAGUAGUAGAAACAAAUCGUCCGGACAGCAAGAACUGGCAAUACCAAGCGAUGGUGAAGCAGGGUGAUUUGCUGCUCAACCGAGUCCAGAAGCUAUCAAGAGUCAUAAAUAUUUAAUUCCCAACGUGAGUCCUGCUCUUCAAUAUGUACGAGAGACAUAGCGUUCUUCUGUAAUAUUGAAAAACAUUGUAUUACAAGUUCAUUCAGAUCGGUGUACCGAUCAUAAGAUUCAUCGACACGUUGAGAUGAGCAGAUGAAACUGGCUAGAAGAAUUUUAUCUAACUCGUUCAUAUUUUAUUUUUUUUUUUUUUUCUGCGUAUCAAUAAAUUUAUAAAAAGUCAUAUUCGCAACUACUUUCACGUAAUAGAUGUGUGUUCAUCUUUGACCGUGCUAUCGACGACAUAAAAUAGGGUUGCCAAAGUUAUUUUCUCCCAGCGCUGUGUGUACAACAGAUUUUUUUACUCGUUUCACAAGCCUCUGUCAAAUUUUAUUGUAUUUACUUAUUCACUUCUUUACUUCUCCUACAAUCUCUUUGAAGAUUUGGCUUGGCCAAGGUGACGAAGAGAGCAAGUUGGUUAUCUAUUGAUCUUUGGAAAAAAAAAAUAUCAAAUACCACAUUCCUUUCACUAUUUCCGUAAUAAAUUGACCUGCAUAACGUCCAUAUUUAAUUGAGGCAAGAAGCACGUGUGCAAUUGCCAUUAUAACUUUAACCGUUGUUGCGGUUGUUCCUUGGUUUUGUUUCAUGGAAUUCAAUUAAAGUCGUACAUUGAA